AUGGAGAACAAAGCCAUGUACCUGCACGCCACCGUGAGCGACCGUGACUCUGGCUCCAUCUUUGAGGAGCCCUUUGAUGGCAGGAGCCUGUCCAAGCUGAACCUGUGUGAGGACGGUCCGUGCCACAAAGGACGGGCGGGUGGCUGCUGCACCCAGCUGGGCUCCCUGUCGGCCCUGAAGCACGCAGUCCUUGGGCUCUACCUGCUGGUCUUCCUGAUUCUCGUGGGCAUCUUCAUCUUAGCAGUGUCCAGGCCCCGGAGCUCGCCAGACGACCUGAAGGCGCUGACUCGGAACGUGAACCGGCUGAACGAGAGCUUCCGGGACUUGCAGCUGCGGCUGUCGCAGGCUCCGCUGCAGGCCGAGCUGAGCGAGCAGGUGUGGAAGGCGCAGGACGCCCUGCAGAACCAGUCGCACUGGCUGCUGGCGCUGGCGGGCGCGGUGCAGCGGCUGGAGGGCGCGCUCUGGGGACUCCAGGCGCAGGCGACGCAGAGCGAGCAGGCGGUGGCCCUGCUGCGCGACCGCACGGCCCAGCAGAGCGACGCGGCGCAGCUGGAGCUCUACCAGCUGCAGGUGGAGAGCAACCGCAGCCAGGGGCUGCUGCGGCGCCACGCCGGCCUGCUGGACGGGCUGGCGCGCCGGGUGGGCGCCCUGGGCGACGAGCUGGCCGACGUGGGCGGCGCCCUGCGCGGCCUCAACCUCAGCCUGUCCUACGACGUGGCCCUGCAGGGCACGCGGCUGCGGGACCUGCAGGUGCUGGUGAGCAACGCCAGCGAGGACGCGCGCCGCAUGCGCCUCGUGCACCGGAGCCUGGAGCUGCAGCUCAAGCAGGAGCUGGCCGUGCUCAACAGCGUCACCGAGGACCUGCGCCUCAAGGACUGGGAGCACUCCAUCGCGCUGCGCAACAUCUCCCUGGCCAAAGGACCACCGGGCCCCAAAGGCGAUCAGGGGGAUGAAGGGAAAGAAGGCAAGCCUGGAAUCCCUGGAUUACCUGGACUUCGAGGUCUACCAGGGGAGAGAGGGACCCCAGGACUGCCUGGCCCCAAGGGCGAUGAAGGGAAGCUGGGAGCCAUGGGACCGAUGGGCAUGCGUGGGUUCAAAGGUGACCGAGGCCCAAAAGGAGAGAAAGGAGAGAAAGGAGACAGAACAGGGGAUGCCAGUGGCAUGGAGGCCUUGAUGGUCCGGCUGGUGAACGGCUCGGGCCCACACCAGGGCCGCGUGGAGGUGUACCACGAGCGGCGCUGGGGCACCGUGUGCGAUGACGGCUGGGACAAGAAGGAUGGGGACGUGGUGUGCCGCACGCUGGGCUUCCCCAGCGCCGAGGACGUGCACCGGACGGCUCAGUUCGGACAAGGCACAGGGAGGAUUUGGAUGGAUGAUGUCGCCUGCAAGGGCACGGAGGAAAGCAUCUUCCACUGCAGCUUCUCCAAAUGGGGGGUGACAAACUGCGGACACGCUGAGGAUGCUGGAGUGACAUGCAAGAGACACUGACAGUGGGCACAGCCCAAGGUCCGGACCCAGCUGCCAAGCCUCCUUCCUGCAUUCCUGGGGUGGGGGCAUUGCUCGGGGCUCCCCUGACCAUGCCUCCCCACCCAGCACCCCCAGACCCCCGGAUUCCCAUCCCAGGACCCAUGGUGGCCUGUCAUCCUCCUCCCCUUGGACAUCUUUUCCAAAGCACAACUCUGGGAUCUACUGCCUGUCUCUCC